AUGGCUGAUGAUACCAAGUUCCUCCUUUUGGCUUUACUCUUGAGCUGCUCAUCGUUGUGUUUUGGUUCUGAAGCUGAUAUCCAGUGCCUGAAAUCUGUACAACAAUCAGUGAUUGAUCCCAACGGCGUACUCAAAUCCUCGUGGUACUUUGAAAAUCCCUAUCCCAAUGAUGCUUACAUAUGCCGCUUUACUGGUGUGGAAUGUUGGUACCAUGACGAGAACAGGGUUCUCAGUUUACGUCUUGGCAACCUAGGACUUGAAGGCCCAUUUCCUCAAGGUCUAGAGAAUUGUUCAAGCGUGACCGGCCUGGACCUGUCAAACAACAAUUUUUCAGGACCAAUCCCUCAGGACAUUUCACGGCAGGUGCCGUACCUGACAUCUCUGGACCUUUCGUACAAUAGUUUUACGGGUUCAAUCCCACAGAAUAUCUCAAAUAUGACAUAUCUGAAUAUCCUCAACCUUCAGCAUAACCAAUUCAGCGGUCAAAUUCCACCGCAAUUCAAUUUGCUUACUCGGUUAACCGCAUUCAAUGUUGCGGAGAACUUGUUAUCAGGGCCUAUUCCUUCUUUGCUACAAAACUUUUCGGCUUCGAACUUUGCUGGUAACCAAGGGCUUUGUGGUUCACCCUUGGAUGAGUGCUCCACCCCUCAGAGGAGAUGGAGACCGGUACGAAUCAGGCUGCACAGGCUCAACGACCAGUCGAGCAUCGGAGCGGCCGUCGGAUUUGUCGUGGGAUUCGUGGUGGCCUUCUACUUCCCGCAAUGCUUCGUCUGCUCCGAGAGGUUUCGUGCCAACGUCGUCCGCAUAUGA